UUUUUCCCCCAAUAAACCUCCUUCCCUCUGAAUGCUGCAUUUGGGUCCUCUCUGUCCACACACCACACCCCGUAACAGAACGAUCAAGCCACCAAUGGACCCAGCAGACUCAAAAGCGGAGAGGGACAUGUUCUUGGAUGUCUUGGCAGAGCUGUGGUCUAUGUGGCAGUUGGCAUCCGACCUCGAGUCUCGCCAAGCUGCCCACGUUCAGGCUCACUGGGAGGUGAUAGCCGUAAGGCCAUGGAAGCGGCGUUGGCUGCCUAAGUGGGCCAGACAUUUUGUUGACUCCAGCCCUCUGCCGUUCCCACCUAUCCCUCCUGAUCCCCAACCGGCUAGCCCCCAGUUUGGUCCAGAUCCCCAGCUUGCUAGCCACCAGCCUGUCCCGAGCGUUCCCCGGCCUGCCUGUUGUUCUCCGUGUUCGCCCGACACCACGCUUGACCCCCGUCUUCAGUUCGAGGGAACCCGCCUGGCCGUCUUCUGUGGGGGCCGUGGUGGCCAUCGGAGGAGACGUGGCCAUCACGGCUCCCGCCAAUUUGCACCACUCUCCCUAGAUCCCCAGCCAGUUAGCCCCCAGCCUGGCCCAGUCCCUCAGCCUGCUAGCGCCGCUAGCCCCCAGCCUGGCCCAGUCCCUCAGCCUGCUAGCGCCGCUAGCCCCCAGCCUGUCCCAUGGCCUGCUAGCGCCGCUAGCCCCCAGCUUCUCCCUGAUCCCCAACAGGUUAGGCCCCAGUUAGACCCUGAUCCCCAACCUGCUAGCGCCGCCAGCCUCCAGCCUGGCCCCCCCGAUCCCUUGCCCCUUAGGGCCACUGGUCCCCGUGUUCUGUUGGCGGACGGACCGGCUUCAGCCCCGCCGGUGGUCCGGCCAACCCCUGCUCCUCGUGUUCUGUUGGCGGACGGACCGGCUUCAGCCCCGCCGGUGGUCCGGCCGACCCCUGCUCCUCGUGUUCUGUUGGCGGACGGACCGGCUUCAGCCCCGCCGGUCCAUAAAUGGAAUAGUAAAUAAAUUGCAGCA